AUGGCGUGGCGACCGGAGGAGGAUGGACUGAGACAAUUGUCAGAAUAUCUCAAGAACUCUCUUAGUGGCCAUGACAGGGACAAGCAGAAAGAAGCUGAGCUGAUGCUCAUGAAUGCGCGCAACAACAAUGACUAUGUCAACUACCUCACCUACAUCUUCAGCACACCGGAGCUCAGCCGGACCCUCAAUCUGGCAGCACCUAGUCUCUUCCUCAUCCGAUAUGCCGCCGCUGUCAACCUCAAAAACCACAUCAAACUCUUCUAUUCUCAAAUCCCCCCAGACCAACUAGCAUACAUCAAAGCGGCCACGCUCAAUGUUCUUCGAGAUGCGAAUUCCCAGUUGCGCAGUUUCGCGGGGACGGUCAUCACCGAGACGGUGCAACAGGGUGGUCUACUACAAUGGCCGGAGAUUUUGCAGGAACUACUGGCUCUCGUCAGCAACACCGGCGGAAAUGUCUCGGUAGAGACCCAAGAGGGCGCUAUGGGCGCAUUGGCGAAGGUGUGCGAGGACAACCGGAAGCUGCUUGACAAGGAGUUCCAAGGCCAACGACCCAUGGCCGUGAUCGUGCCCAAGCUGUUGGAAUUCGCGAGCCACCCGAACCCCAAGGUCAGGACCUUCGCACUCGGCACUCUCAAAUCCUUCAUCCCGCAAAAGUCGCAGGUUUUGUUCUCGGCGUUGGACGUCUACCUCCAAACCAUCUUCCAACUCGCUUCAGAUCCAGACGUGCAAGUCAGACGCAUAGUGUGCCAGUCACUUGUACAGCUCGUGGACUCGAGACCGGACAUGCUCGUCCCUCACCUUGAAGGCUUGGUGAAUUACAUCCUUGCCCAGCAGCAGUCGGCAGAUCACCCGGAACUCGCUCUAGACGCAGCGGAAUUCUGGCUCAGCGUCGGCGAACAAGAUCAACUACGCGAUCAGAUGGGCCCUUAUCUGGGACGAAUCAUUCCUGUGCUCCUCGCAGGCAUGGUUUACGGAGAAGAAGACGCCUUGAGGCUUGGAGGGGACGAAAACAAUGCAGAUGUCGAGGACCGGGUCGAAGACAUCAAGCCUCAGUUUGCCCAGGUAAAGGCUGGCAGAGGUGUUGUGUUGGUCAAGGACGAAGAGUCGGCCCCAGGAACACCUCAGCGCAACGGGACACCGCAGCCUAAAACCGACCUCGAGGAUGGCGAAGUUGAUGAUGACGAUGAAGAUGAGGACGACUGGGAUGAUGAGGAUCCUGAGAAUGCAUGGAGUCUCCGCAAAUGCUCCGCCGCUGCACUGGAUGUUUUUGCGGUCAACUAUCACUCGGCCGUCUUCGAAAUCAUUCUGCCGUAUCUCAAGGAGAACCUGUCUCACACCCUGUGGCCGAAGCGCGAAGCUGCAGUUCUGGCUCUGGGCGCCAUCGCAGAAGGCUGCAUGGAAGUCGUCUCCCCUCAUCUGCCCGAACUCGUUCCUUUCCUCAUCUCCCGCCUCUCCGAUGAGGAACCCGUCGUCCGCCAAAUCACCUGCUGGUGUCUAGCACGAUACUCCGAAUGGGCUGCCCGUCUCGAAACACCUGCCGAAAAACAGCGAUACUUCGAACCCAUGAUGGAAGGCCUUCUGCAGCGCAUGCUCGACAAUAACAAGAAGGUGCAAGAAGCAGGUGCCAGCUCGUUUGCCUCGCUCGAGGAGAAAUCUGGCGACAAGCUGAAACCAUACGUCGAACCUAUCCUCCGCCAGUUCACCGAGUGCUUCCGGCGGUACAAGGACAAGAACAUGUACAUCCUGUACGACUGCCUGCAGACAUUAGCGGACAACGUCGGACUCGAGAUCGCCAAGCCACCGCUCGUCGACCUCCUCAUGCCGGUGCUCAUCGAACGGUGGAAUAAGAUCCAAGACGAUAGUCGCGAGAUGUUCCCCUUGCUCGGCUGUCUAGGGUAUAUCGCCAUGGCCUACGGGGACACCUUUGCACAAUUCACCCCGCCCAUCUUCGACAGAUGCAUCAAGUUGAUCUAUGCGAACCUGCAGCAGCACAUGGCGUUUAUGAGUGGCCAGACGGUCGACCAACCCGACAAGGACUUUAUCGUCACGGCGCUGGAUUUGCUCAGUGCGAUCAUCCAAGCCAUUUCACCCGAGAAGUCGGCCCCGCUCGUUCAAAACUCGCAACCCCAGUUCUUCGACCUGUUGAGUUUCUGCAUGGAGGAUCCCACCACGGACGUCCGACAAUCUGCGUAUGCAGUGUUGGGCGACUGCGCGAUUGCCUUGUAUCCAUCACUGGACCCGUACCUACCCAAGCUGAUCCCGAUCUUGAUCCGGCAACUCGACCUCGACGCCAUUCCCGACACGGACUCGGAGAACGGAUUCAACGUCCUAGCCAACGUAUGUUGGUCGCUCGGGGAGAUCGCGGCCCGGGCCCCGACGUCGCGUCUGGACUCGUUCGUCGAACCUCUGUACCGCGGGCUCCUGUCGUUGAUCACCAACGAAGAAGUGCCCGACGCGGCGAGCGAGAAUGCCGGCACGGCCCUCGGGCGGCUGGGCCUGUCCUGCCCCGUCCACCUGGCCCCGUUCCUGGGCGAGCUCGCCGAGCCGUUCCUGCAGUCGAUGGGCAAGAUCAGCACGUCGCACGAAAAGGCCUCUGCGUUUAUCGGCUUCAACAACAUCCUCGAGAAGAACCCGCAAGCCAUGGAGCAGUCCCUGGCGCUGUACAUGGGCGCGAUCGCGCAGUUCCCGCUCAAGGGCCGCCAGGGCCAGGAGUACAACGACGUGAGGGCGAGUUUUGCGCGCGUCAUCGACGGCUUCGCCGGCUUGAUCGGCAAGGAGCGAUUCGAGGGCUUCGUCGCCGGCUUGAGCGCCCCGGUGAGGGCCAAGUUGAGAGACGGGUACGGCGUCGGCGUGAGCGGGGCGUGA